CGGAGUGUUUAUUGUGUCGCGCUCCUCGUCAGAUUUGAUCGGAGCUUAUCUUCAAUUAAACACAAUUAAACAUCGAAUUAAGGUUCAUUUCUACCCCAACGGCCUCAAGAUGGCAGGGAACUUCUGGCAGAGCUCACAUUAUCUGCAGUGGGUUCUGGACAAACAGGAUCUGAUGAAGGAGAGACAAAAAGAUUUUAAGUUCCUCACUGAGGAGGAGUACUGGAAGCUACAGAUAUUUUUUGCCAAUGUGAUUCAGGCCUUGGGGGAACACUUGAAACUCAGGCAGCAGGUAAUCGCCACGGCAACUGUCUACUUCAAACGCUUCUAUGCCAGAUACUCUUUAAAGAGCAUAGAUCCCGUGCUGAUGGCUCCCACAUGUGUGUUCCUGGCCUCUAAAGUAGAGGAAUUUGGUGUUGUUUCAAACACUCGCCUUAUUUCAGCAGCAACUUCUGUAUUGAAAACAAGGUUCUCCUAUGCCUUUCCCAAGGAGUUCCCCUUCAGAAUGAACCAUAUAUUGGAGUGUGAAUUUUACUUACUGGAGCUUAUGGACUGUUGCCUAAUCGUGUAUCACCCGUACAGACCUUUAUUGCAGUAUGUGCAGGACAUGGGGCAGGAGGACAUGCUGCUGCCUUUGGCAUGGAGGAUCGUCAAUGACACCUACAGGACGGAUCUCUGUCUUCUUUAUCCUCCUUUCAUGAUCGCACUGGCGUGCCUGCAUGUGGCAUGUGUGGUGCAGCAGAAAGACGCCAGGCAGUGGUUCGCCGAGCUGUCCGUUGACAUGGAGAAGAUCCUGGAGAUCAUCAGGGUAAUACUGAAACUAUAUGACCAGUGGAAGAACUUUGAUGAUAGAAAGGAAAUAGCCACCGUGCUCAACAAGGUGCCCAAACCAAAACCUCCACCAAACAGUGAGACUGACCAGAGCUCAAAUGGAAGUCAAAACAGCUCAUACAGUCAGUCGUAGAGCGCCCCCUGGCGAAGGACCGGAGGCAGCGUGUUCAAGCACAUCCUGACACAUGUGAAAGCUGCUUAUGUCAAGCACAUCUUUUCCAGGACUGUGGGAAACUGACAACACACAUCCUCUCUUUACUUUCCUCUUGGUUCCUCCACCAAUCAGAGCAGGUGGAACGAUGCCACUACGUUCCCUCGCCCAAUCAGAGCAGCCUGUGACAUUCUGGGUGCGGGAGGGAACUGAUGGUUUAAGGCCUAUAGGAAGUCUGCUUUGAAUUUGAAAAUGUUGUCAAGCUUAAGGCAGUAAUGUCGUACACUUUGUACUAAUGGACACACGUAAACAAACCCGCCUCUGAAAGAGGUGCGACUUUUCUUUUUCUCCAAGUCGAUGGUCCUGACGUCCUUGAAAGGUCCCAUGAAGCUUUCCUUCAGCGAAAUUCUUUUUGGGAACAAAGAAAACUUGAUCAUUUUUUUGUGUCUGAGAGCAAUGAGUGGAGCACGCGCGUGUAUAUGUGUGUUUGCAAAUGUUUGUGUGCCUCUCGUUGACCAUAUCACAGUUUGUAUUCCUCAGGGAAAUGGAUCAGUCCUCCUACAAAGUGGCUCUCUGUAAACGGACUGGCCACAGGGCUAUAUGACAGCGAUCUUUUUGAACUCUUGUACGGUGUAAUCGAAUCCUGAUUGGAUGAUUUUUAUUUGACAUACGUGUGGAUGGCAGUAGGCACUGUGAGUUGGAAUGCAUAGGUGAUAGUUGAUCACAACAUCCUCACAAACUAUGUGUAAAUAUGCUUUUCUCAUUUAUCCCUUGACUUUAGUAUUAUUUGUUUUGAUUAUGAAUUUACUGUAUUAUUAUGUGCUUUAUGUAUUCUUUUCAUUUUGCUUUGAUUUUAAUUUCAUUUGUUGUUUUGAAUUUUACAGUAUAUGUAUAUUUAGCUAGCACACAUGCUUUAGCCCCCGAAGUAGGCCCACUCAUUAAAUUUAAUGGAAGAUAAGACAGGCCAAUAUCUUGCGGUUUUGGUCAGCAUUGUAUGGAUUUAUUGAGGAAGCGAGCAUCUCCAUCUUGUUUGUGGCUACUGUAUGCAUCCUUAAAUUCCCAUCAAUGUUGAGAUCACCAGAGUGAGGAACACGCAAUGGACGGAUAGCCUCUGAUCCUGAAUUGUCAUUUGUUUCUUUUUGCUUUGUCUUUACCGUGUUCAGUGCUUGAGCUUGUUACCACAUCUUUGAGUUUAUGAAUGCAGCUCCUUGUCUGUGAUGCCAUGUAUGUGUUAUUGAGCUGUAAAUAGAAGGUGUGGUGCUGGGAGGACUGGAUUUGGUCUUGGUUUUGUUUGUAUGUGACAGAGCUCGAAAGCCUUAUUGAAUAAAAGCUGCUGUUGAAAAAAUGGUCUGACUUAAUGUCAGUGCAUUAGAUAACAACAUCCAACCAAAGGGAAACAAAAAAGAUGCUAGGGCUUUUUUCCUCAUAACUAAAAAUAGUUUUGGACAAUAGCUUGAACUAACAAGUAUGAAGGCACUUUUCGAUACAGGCAAAAAGAUAAUUAUUUAUUUGCUUGUUUUAUUUUAAAUGCAACAAGAACAUUAACAUGGUUAACAUAAG